CAAAAACCACAUAUUAUGAUUAGGAUGAAGAUUAUAUUGAACUUGAUUGUUGAAGAACGAGUGUGCAAUGCUCCUUGUAAUCGACACUUGUAUUAUAAUUAGCCUCAAAUUUCAAUUAACUUCAAUUUUUAAAAAUUCAAAUUAUUGACGCAAAACUUAACUUAAGUUGGUGUAAUUCUAAUCAUUAAAAAAAAAAAAACAGCAUGCACUAUUUUCAUUCUCAAUUUCAUUUAUUACGUACUCGUACAUUGCACGAACCGGGGAAAAACCGAGUUUAUGACUAAAGUAGUAGCCGUGGGCACCAAGGAUUAGGGAUUGCCAUGGUCGAAACAUUGAUUUAAAUCUGUGCCGUGACAUUUUGUAGUUGUUCUUUCUAUUAUUGCAAAACCCCCAAAACCUUUCCGAUUUCAACUGACCCACCAUUUCUUUACUUCCGGCAACAAAAUUUUUGUCUCUUCUAAAUCCCCAAUUCAUCAAAUUGUUCAUCGGAAAAAAUGGAAUUAGGGUUUGCUCAAGAACAAGUGAGGAACAUCUGCAUCCUUGCACAUGUCGAUCAUGGCAAAACUACACUUGCUGAUCAUCUAAUUGCGUCUUCUGCUGGAGGAGUUUUGCAUCCUAAACAAGCAGGUAAGAUGAAAUUCAUGGAUUAUUUAGAUGAAGAACAACGUAGAGCAAUUACCAUGAAAAGUUCUUCAAUUGCUCUUAAAUACAAUAACCAUUCUAUUAAUUUGAUUGAUUCUCCUGGUCAUAUGGAUUUUUGUAGUGAAGUUUCAACCGCCGCUCGAUUGAGUGAUGGUGCGUUAGUUUUGGUUGAUGCUGUUGAAGGUGUUCAUAUUCAAACUCAUGCUGUUUUAAGGCAAGCUUGGGUUGAGAAGCUAACACCUUGUUUGGUUUUGAAUAAGAUUGAUAGGUUGAUUUGUGAAUUGAAGUUAACUCCAAUGGAAGCUUAUAAUAGGUUAUUGACUAUAGUUCAUGAAGUAAAUAGUAUUGUGAGUGCAUAUAAAUCAGAGAAAUAUUUGUCAGAUGUAGAUUCUAUACUUACUGGCUCAUCUAGUGAAAUGGGUGUUGAUGAAAUUCAUGAGUUGAUUGAGGAUGAUGAAGAGGAAAUGUUUCAACCUCAAAAGGGUAAUGUGGCUUUUGUUUGUGCUUUGGAUGGAUGGGGGUUUACUGUAGGAGAGUUUGCCGAGUUUUAUGCUGAACAGUUUAAGUUAAAAACGGCGGCGAUGAAGAAGGCUCUAUGGGGUCCUUGGUAUUGUCACCCUAAAACAGGGAAGAUAGUGGGGAGGAAAGGGUUGGGUGAAGGGAGUACAGCUCAACCUAUGUUUGUUCAAUGUGUACUGAAACCGUUGUGGCAGUUUUAUCAAGGGGUUCUUGAGCCUGAUGGUGAUAAGGGGAUAAUUGAGAAGGUGAUGAAGAGGUUUAAGUUAGUAGUGCCAGACCGUGAAAAGAAUAAUAAGGAUCCUAAGAUUGUUCUUCAAGCUAUUAUGAGUCGUUGGCUUCCGCUCUCAGAGGCCAUAUUGUCCAUGGUUAUAAGAUGUAUGCCGGAUCCAGUUGCUGCACAGGCAUACCGAGUCUCUCGUUUGCUUCCAAAGAGAGAAGUUGUGGAUGAGGUAGCUAAAUCUGAGGUGUUUUCAGAGGCUGAAUAUGUGAGGAAGUGUGUUGAAACUUGUGCUGCUAGUUCUGAAGCACCUACUAUUGCUUUUGUUGCUAAGAUGUUUGCUGUUCCUAUGAAGAUGAUUCCUCAUAAGGGUCCAGAUGGGGACAUUUUGAAUGAUUUUACUGAUGAAAAUGGGAACAAUACAGAGUCAGAUGAAUGUUUUCUUGCAUUUGCUAGAAUUUUUAGUGGAACCCUUACUGCUGGGCAGAAAAUCUAUGUUCUUUCAGCUUUGUAUGAUCCAUUGAAAGGAGAAGCAACACAGAAGCAUUUGCAGGAAGCAGAAUUGCAAUCGUUGUAUCUGAUGAUGGGUCAGGGCCUUACACCUGUUGCAUCUGCCACGGCUGGGAAUGUGGUAGCUAUACGAGGACUGGGGCAUCAUAUCUUAAAAAGUGCGACACUUUCAUCGACGAAGAACUGUUGGCCUUUCUCAAGCUUGAUGUUUCAGGUUUCACCUAUGCUUAAAGUUGCCAUUGAGCCCUCUGAUCCAGCAGAUAUGGGUGCACUCAUGAAGGGCUUGAGGCUCCUGAAUCGUGCUGAUCCAUUUGUGGAAGUUUCAGUCUCGUCUAGGGGAGAACACGUGCUUGCUGCUGCUGGAGAGGUGCAUCUUGAGAGAUGUAUUAAGGAUUUGAAGGAAAGAUUUGCUAAGGUGAGCCUGGAAGUGUCUCCACCACUUGUCUCCUACAAAGAGACUAUUGAGGGUGAAGGGCCUAAUCCAUUAGAUAAUCUUAAAAUCUUGUCUGGAAACACAGAUUAUGUUGAAAAGACAACAUCUAACGGAAGAUGCACUGUUAGAGUGCAAGUCAUGAAGCUUCCAAAUGCUCUGACGAAGCUGCUUAAUGAAAAUUCUGACACACUUGGGGAAAUCAUAAGUGGUAAACUUGGUCAGACUUAUAAGAAGUUGGAGUCACAGAUAGGCUCUGUUGCUGAAGAUGAUGAGCCUCUCGAAGCAUUUAGGAAACGCAUAAGGGAUGCUGUGGAGAACGAUAUUGUUUCUGCUAUUCCGGAAAACGAAACUGAUAAGAUUCAAAAGUGUAAAGUUUUGUGGGAUCAACUUCUUGAGAGGAUCUGGGCUCUGGGUCCUGGGCAGGUUGGCCCUAAUUUGCUUAUUACCCCAGAUUCUAUAGGAAAAAGUACUGAAGAUGCCAUAGUUGUGCCUGGAUUCUCCCAUGUGUCUGAAAAACUAGGUUUUGUAGAUGAUACUAGAAAUUCUGAUAGUGCCGUGGAGGCAAAUUCUGCACUUUAUGCUGAAGCUGCUAGUCUGGCAAGUAGUGUGGUGUCUGGCUUUCAAAUUGCAACUUCAGCUGGUCCUUUGUGUGAUGAGCCUAUGUGGGGUUUGGCAUUUCUUGUUGAGGCUUACAUUUCAUCAGCAUCUAUUCAAUCAAGUGAUCCUGAAAAUUCUCAACAACUAAUGGAACAAUAUGGAAUGUUUACUGGUCAGGUGAUGACUGCAGUAAAAGAGGCUUGCAGAGCUGCUGUACUUCAGAGAAAACCUCGUCUUGUUGAAGCUAUGUACUUUUGUGAACUAAACACCCCAGUUGAUUAUCUGGGUUCCAUGUAUGGUGUGCUUGCUCGUAGGAGAGCCCGAGUAGUGAAGGAAGAAAUGCAAGAAAGUUCCCCUUUGUUCACUGUGCAUGCUUAUUUGCCAGUUGCUGAAAGCUUUGGGUUUGCUGAUGAGCUUAGGAAAUGGACUUCUGGGUCAUCAAGUGCACUUCUUGUUCUUAGUCACUGGGAACAGCUUAUGGAGGAUCCUUUUUUUGUUCCUAAGACAGAGGAAGAGAUUGAAGAGUUUGGAGAUGGUUCUAGUGUUGUUCAGAAUACAGCCAGAAAGCUCAUUGAUGCUGUGAGGCGGAGGAAAGGACUACCUGUAGAGGAAAAAGUAGUUCAGCAUGCAACCAAGCAGAGGACCCUCGCUCGGAAGGUGUAGAAUUUUCUGCUUUAGUAAUGUCAUCAUUUUUGGAAGAGGAAAAAUUGUAUUUUGUCUUUUUAACUACUUCAUUGUACGGAGUGAUGAUCUAUUCCCUCAUUUUGUUGAAUACGAGUUCAAUUUUUUGUUACAAGAGCUAAUAUUUGAAUGUUUUGAGGCCAGAGGUCUAUAUGUAAGUUUUCAAUGUGAAUGAGAAAAUGUGUCUUGUGAAUUGUGACAGUUUCA